AUGUUUCAGCCAGGCAUUGAGGCAUAUUUGGAUGCCAUAAAGCAGCAGUACGACACGAUUAUGGCCGAGAAUAGAUCUCUUCGGCAGGAAAAUGUCCGGCUUGUGGAGGCAAACAGCCAAUAUGCUAGAAAGAUCCAGUACUAUACGAGCCUCAUGAAUAGACAAAAGCACAUACCAUCUUCUGAUCCCGGGUCAUCAUUUAUAAGGGCCUCGAAGUGUCUUAAGAGAGGAAGUGACUGGAGCAUCGACGGAGAUAACUUGUGCAGAGUUAGCGCCUGUGGGAGGAUAGUGAUGCCUGGAAAAAUAACAAAUGCGGUCAUAAGUCCAUGCGGUAGAUUUGUGGCGUUUGGAUGUGGAUACAAAGUGUUUGUUGUAAUGGAGAGUAUAAUAUGGUUCUUAAACUCCUCUUCGGAGAAAAUGGAAAAGUAUGAAGAAAGGAUGUGUGAGGGAGAAACACAAGAGUACAGGAUAUGCCCUAUGGACUUUACUCAGGACUCCCUUCGGUUGUAUGUUGCAGAUGGAAAGGGCGCAGUAAGAGUAUGGAACCUGGCCAGUAAAUCCCAGGAAAGAUUACUAAAAUCCUCCGAUCCUAUAUCUCUCAAAAUAAUUAGGGAUCUGGUGUUUACGAUUGAAUGGGAUAAGACCGUGAAUGUGUAUAGUUUGGAUGAGAAAAUACUUAGUUUGAACCCUGGAGAGGAGUUUGGAGGGCCGAUGACUGUGAGUCCUGACGGAGGGUUUGUGUAUGCAGUUGUGAACAGAAACAAGAUUCUUAUCAUUGAUGUGAAGGGCGAGAUGACAUACAUGACGAGUACUAACGAGGAGCGGAUUCUAGCGAUGUCUAUAUCUAAUGAGCGCAUGAUAAUGUCUGCUGGAGGCUAUGGACGGAAUGUUGUUCUUUACCGGAUAAAACCCGAAAAGCCUUCAUGCAGAUGCCAGGAUGUCAUUGAACAAAAAGGAACCAUCCUCUCGCUAGGAUUUAUUAGAAGCCAUUUGCUAGUGGGGCAACCAGAAGGUGUUAUGAUCUGGGAUCUAGAGGAAAAGAAAAGCAUGAGGAUACAAAUUAACGAGUCCAAUGUGAUUGGAAUAUCUACAUCUAAGAACUUCUUCACCACAGUUGAUAAUAAUGGAAUUCUACGAAUAUGGAGGUAUAGUCCUGACGAAUAG